AAAAUGGCGCCAGUAUAACCUUCGCGUUUUACAUUACGUGUAGUGUAUGGAUAUUAGUAAUGGAUUGAUCGGUGUGUGCGUUGGUAUAUACAUAUAUAUAGCGAUUUUCUGUAGAUGUUACGGACUCUCGUGGCCGGUGCGCGACGUUGUAUCCAUACGAUGUCCGCUGUUACGAUGCAAAAGCCGGAAGUGGUGUUUAUCCUAGGUGGUCCGGGUGCCGGCAAAGGUACGCUCUGCCGUUACAUUGUCGAGCGUUACGGUUACGUUCAUCUAUCAGCUGGUGAUUUGCUGCGCGAGGAACGUGCCAAACCCUGCUCAGAGUAUGGCGAGCUCAUUGAAACACAUAUCAGAAACGGUACGAUCGUCCCGGUGGAGAUCACCUGUAGCCUCAUUGAUCGCGCCAUGCAGACAUCCGAGAAUCCGCAUCAUCGGUUUCUCAUCGACGGCUUUCCCAGGAAUCAGGAUAAUCUUGACGGUUGGAAUAAGGUGAUGGCUGACAAAGUUAUCCUCAAGGGCGUAAUAUUCUGCGAAUGCAGUCAAGAAGUUUGUACUCAGCGUUGCCUGAAACGUGGUGCCAGUGGAAGUGGGCGCAGCGACGACAAUGAGCAAUCUUUGGUCCUGCGUCAUCAAACUUAUCUAAAAAAUACUUUACCGAUCAUAGAAAUGUAUGAGCAGCAAGGUUUAGUUUAUAAAGUUAAUUCUAUGAAAACGCCGGAAGAGGUCUUUCAGGACGUUGCAGAAUUCUUUCCUAAGAUAGGAUGGCACCGAUGUUGGGCGAGACUGAUUCUCCGAUGUGGGCCUCACGAAAGUUCGUUCACGUUACAUUUUUCGACUACAGUGUCGAGAAAGUCGAAUACUGGUCAAUGUCCUGACAAGCAAUCACAUAUUACGUGAGGGGACUACAUUUACAGCAGCCGGGGGCGAAUUUCUUCACGAAACGAUGCCGGUAGAAAUUCGACGACUUGACGAGAAACUUCGACAACCGAACAGCGUUUAAAGACUUUGGCUAUGGUCCACUUGAUGCUAUAAAUGCUACUUCAAAGUAUUUUUUGAUUGGUUAAUUAAUAAAAUUCUUCUUUUCGAUUAAUCAAUUAAAAGCUUCGAAACAUUUGUAACGUCAAGUAGAUCGCACCCUUCAUGUGUUUCUGUAGCUUUUGUAAUCUUCUUUAGUCUUAGUUGUAC